AUGAAUAGGAUGUGCGCUAUUUGUUUACCUCUGCAGUAUGAUGUUUACUUCAGUAGAAAGGUCACAAAAAUUCUGAUUGUAAUCUCGUGGGUGGUGCCGAUUACGUUAGCGCUAGUGCUCUAUGGAUACUAUGACUGCGAUUUUGUGUUUAACAACAGAAUUUGGGCAUUUGUCUUCACUCAGACAGAGGAGUGCAAAUUCAUAUCCUGGAAUAUUGAUUUUUACAAAGACUUAUCUAUAGUCAUAGUAAUCGCUAUUGUGGAUAUUCUUACAAUAUUUAAAGUACACAUAACCAACGUUGAGAUACGUAAAACUGGAAGAACGGAUAGCGAUCGCAGGCGUAAAAACGAAAUUAAUUUUUUGAAACAGGCAGUCAUGCAAGGUAUAGUGUUUGUUGUCGAACUCUUUACGUACUUCUAUCUCGCAUGGCAAUUUGAAAACAAAUGGAUUAUGUGGGCACUGACGACAGCUGCUUGGAAUAUAGUGCAUUGCAGUGACUCGCUGAUUAUACUUGGGUUCAAUGCAGAGUUCCGGAAAUUUCUUCGCACUCCUAAGCGUAUAUUCACUAUUGAUACACUCAGUCAGAGGACAAAAACGAGGAUCACAGAUUCGAACAGUGACAAGAGAACAGGCACAUGA